GCCGAGUACGGAUGUUCUUGUGAUCUAUGUCGCUUGCUAGCAAAGUUUCCCGCGUUAAAGUUUACGAUUUCAAAAUCAUAAUAUAGAGUGUAGUAAAAUUAACAAUAGUAUUAUAAUUGGUGUUUUUAUUUGGUGAGGUGCUAUUUGUUUUAAAUCUCAAAGCUGAUUAUUUUACAACAUUAAUUAAGUCAUUAAGCCUAUCAAGGGUGACCAAAGCAAGAUAAAAGUGCUUCCAAUAAAGAUGUGAAACUAAACGCAUGACCCCCCGUACAGGACGCACAUGAUUUCUAUAGCCAACUUGACGCACACAUCGAAUAACACAUCGAUAAUCUACGACAAUCGAAUACCGAACGUAUACACAUACAAAAAUGAAACUCACAACGAGACAUCGGAACUAUCUAUCGAUAUAUCGAAUUCGGCAUUCGAACAAUCGAAUACAUCAUUUGAGAUGUCGAAUGAGAAUUUUACGGAGUACGCUGAAAUACCAUAUUACAUAAAAGCGACAUCUAUGUCAUUUUGUAUUGUAAUUAUGUGUUUGGGUGUGAUUGGUAAUGUUAUGGUGCCGAUAGUGAUAUUGAAAACAAAGGAUAUGAGGAACUCGACUAAUAUAUUUCUAGUUAACUUGAGCAUAGCCGAUCUAAUGGUGUUGUUGGUCUGCACCCCAACAGUCCUUGUGGAAGUCAACUCUAAGCCGGAGACUUGGGUGCUGGGAAAGGAGUUAUGUCUGGCGGUACCAUUUGUGGAGCUGACGGUCGCCCAUGCGUCUGUGCUGACCAUCCUUGCAAUCAGCUUCGAGAGAUACUACGCCAUCUGUGAGCCGUUGCGUGCGGGAUACGUUUGCACGAAAACCAGAGCCACCCUCAUCUGUGCAUUGGCCUGGUUCUUCGCUGCUCUCUUCACCAGUCCCAUACUAGGCGUCGCCACAUUCACCUACGAGAAAUACGACGACGGAACCGAAGUGCCCGUCUGCCUCACGCAAGCCGACACCUUCUGGUCCGCUCUGUUCUUUAUUCUCAUCAUCGCCGUCUUCUUCAUCAUUCCACUCGGAGUUCUACUCGUUCUCUACAGUGUUAUCGCUAAAAACCUCAUGGAGAACCCUGUGAUCAUCGCCCAACACAGCAAGAACUCUAACAAUGCUGGCAAUGUACUGCGUUAUAGGAAACAAGUCAUUCUAAUGUUGGGUACAGUUGUACUAUCCUUCUUCGUAUGUCUUCUACCAUUUAAGGCUCUAACAUUAUGGAUCAUCGUAUUCCCACCAGAGACAAUAAUGUCCUUAGGUAUAGACGGUUAUUAUAUACUUUUGUAUUUUUGUAGAGUUAUGCUGUAUCUAAACUCGGCUAUUAAUCCAAUAUUAUACAAUUUGAUGUCUUCUAAAUUUAGGGAGGGUUUUGUAAAACUAUUAAAGAUAAAUAAACUGAUGAGAUGUGGUAGGAAUUUAAGAGAGAAUAUGCAGAGAAGAGACACAUUCAAUACAACCACUUCGACUGGAUUUUCAAGCAGUCAGAAUGCAUCAGAAUCUUUUUGGAGGAGAUAUAGUAAUAGGGCGUCGUCACAAAAGUACUUUUUAAAUAGAAGUAGUACUAAAACAAAAGAAGUUAAAGAGAUAUUCGAUACUAAAGUGCAACAAGUGAAAGUGGGUGAAAUAAUAAACGUUGAGAACACAAGAAGGAACAGUAUGACAAUGAUAUCAGCUAUGAAUGAAUUAAAUGAUAAUUUAGGUGAUAUUAUAAAAUUCGAAGACAAAAAACGUAACAGUCUUAAAUUUAUAACAACUGUUAAUGGAAUAGUCGAGAAUGGUAGAGAUGUACAAGUCGAUGUACACGAAAAUCAAAUCAACGAUGAAAAAGAAAUAACAGAUACCAACAAACAGAUACAGAUAUUGAAUUUAGAUAUCAAGACCAAUAGUGUUUAUUCAGUAACUUUAGACGUGAGUGAUACAAACGAUGUUAAAAACAGAUUCGUGUGUGUGCCAUCGCAAGACAAAGAGAGUAAAAAUAUAUUUGUAUACGACUUUAAAAGUAAUGAAAGUUUUGUCUGAAGAAAAUAAUUUUGUAUAAUAUUAAUUAAGUUGCAUUUGAUGCAUCAAGAAAAUACAGCAUUUAAAUAGUUUAUACAGAAAAUAGUUAUGUAUCGCAUGUUCCUAUAUAAUUUCAAAGCAGGAUAUAUAUUAGAGAUAGCUCGUUAAUGACCCAAAAUAAGAUAUUAAGGGCCUGUCCCACCACUAGCUGAUAAAGGCUCAGGUAGCUUAAUAACGUCACUGUUAGAUAAGCUUACGCAAUCCAAUAUUUCCAUCACGUAUUUUAAACGUUGGAUUGUUAUCAGACAAUUUACAAUUUGGUG